AUGCUGGUCUGCUGCUUGGUGGCGCAAUUCACUACCCAGCCGCAUCAACCAAACAGUCACGAUUUGAUUAGUCAGUCUGCACAGCCAUGGUUCUUAUCAUCUGAAGACAUCACCUUAGCUGAUCUCAAGCAUACCUAUUCACUGAUAGUGCAAUUCUUCGUUACGUUUACGGACUACACUCACCUAAUUGAAAAACUUAACCUAUCUCAACACAUAAGGCUAGUUCGUCUCGUGGUCGUUGUAUGUGGAAUGUGCAUUUCCCUGUUGUGUUGUUCAUGGCGUUCCUGUGACGCAGUCUCUCCUGCAUACAAAUCGGCUCCUGCUUGGCCAAUUUCUGUACAACUACCUGCACUCUUACAAGGAUAA